CAAGCGCGUCAGGUUACUCACAAGCAGACUCACAAGCCAAAUGCGCAGAGUUGGCUCAAGGCGUGUUCUCAUGUUCCCCUGGGGCUCAUUUGCGCCGUCCUCCACCAAACAGUUCUUCGCCCUCUUCCCCAAGAGCAUAGAUCACAAACGUAUCCACACGGACUCAGACCACAUAGGCUUCUGCCACAUACUAUUCAUCCUCUUUACGCUUCCAUCGACUGUCUCUCCGCUCGGGAACGCUUGGGCAAGUUUUGGUCAUCCCAUCCACACGCGACGGGCAUCCAACACACGUCGAAAACAGCAUCCACCGCAGAGGGAAAUUCUCGACGCUACGUCAACCAAAAGCUUCACCAUUCUCAGCCAACUCAACCUCAUCAGUGUGUACAGCUCAACCACGGUAACAUAGUCAUUCGUCCACCCCCCGCAAUGCAACAAGGCAACGUCCUCUUCCAAACCAACGACAGCAGCGGCUACUACAACCCGCCAAGCACCAACCUCGAAUUCCAGCAGUUCUCCUACUCAGACAAAGCCGUCGGCGGGGCCUCCACAGCAGCAGUAGGCGACGCAUACGGGGGCGCAUCACACCAAUUCUCGGCAUAUCCAACAGGAGCGGUGGGUGGGGCUGCGGCGGCGAGUUCGUAUGGGGCGGGGGCUGGGGGGAAUUAUGCCGCGUAUCAGCAUACGGGCGAGGUGACGUGGGCGUCGAUACGGGCGGCGUUUACGACGGGCGGGUUUGCGGAUGAGCCGCCGUUAUUGGAAGAAAUCGAAGUGAAUUUCGAUCACAUCCAAAAGAAAGGCAUGGCGGUCCUGAAUCCGCUCGGUGCAGUCGACAAACACAUCAUGGACGACACAGAUCUAGCCGGCCCCGUGCUCUUCUGCCUCCUGUUCGCCGGGUCACUGCUACUCUCCGGCAAAGCUCAAUUCGGCUACGUCUACGGCGUCGCAAUGCUCGGCUGGGGCUGCAUCUACGUCAUCCUCAACCUCAUGAGCGAAUCCGGCAUCGACGGGUACAGGGUCGCCAGCGUGCUGGGAUACUGUCUGCUGCCGAUGGUGCUACUCAGUUCUUGUGCGACGCUUUUGAUGUUGAGCGGCCACGCGAUUGGCUUCAUAGGCUUCGUCUUCAGCUCCCUCUCCAUCGCAUGGUGCACCUACGCCGCGUCAACGAUGUUCACCGCGGUGUUGUCCAUGACCGAUCAGCGGCUACUCGUUGCGUAUCCGGUCGGGCUGCUUUACUCGGCUUUCGCUUUAUUAGCUGUGUUUUAGGAUGCGUACUGUUGUGGUGGGGCGUUGGGGAAUGGAACUCGAUAAUGUGCGCGGAUAGCGAAUUCCCAAUAGAAGGAUGGGAUUUGUGAAUAUGCGACAAUAUGGUAUUCUGCAACUCUCAGCGGUCGGCAUGGCCUUGUGAGAUUUCAAAUUUGACCUGUUCCGCUUCACUCGCCGUUAUUAGGGGAACCGUGUUAGUUUCUGCCAUUUCUUGUG